GCGCCUUCUGAAAACCGCGCUCACCACCUUUGUGGACUCUCCGGAGAAGGUGGUCAGGGAUUCCGAGUGUGGGAAACAGGGUUGGGGCUCCCAGGGCUCACGGCCCGGGGCUGAGGGUAUUCUUCCCGGGGACUCUUCCCAACCCGCUUCCCUUCGCAAGCAGCAGCAGCAGCCCCUCAGAGGGCGAGUCCUCGGAGCUCCAGAAGACUCAGCGGACAGUGCGCCUCACGGAACCACUUUGGGAGGGGGAAAUAAGGCGGAGUGUAAACACAAACAACCUCAAAAAGAAGCCAAGAAAAGCGAAGCCAAAAGAAGCAAGCGCAACACUGUUACAAAACUGUCUGGUUUUGUAACAAUUUCCCUGUCGCCGGCCAAUGAGCGGCGUGGCAGCGCGUCACGUGGUAUCGUUUUAUAUAACACUUUGCUGAGACAAGACAGUUAUUAGGCGGCGCGGGGCGGCCGGCAUGGAGCUCGCGGAGGCGCGGCAGGAUCCGGCGCGCGGCGGCACGGCGGUGGUGACAGCCACAGCAACCACUGAAGCAGCCCCGAUUUCCUCUUGCCGCGGCUCCCUGCUCCGGGUUCCCAGCUCCUAGACGCCUCUUCCCCGCGCUGUCCCUCUCCCAUGGAUUCCUUUCAGCCUGGACAGAUGCUGAGCUUGGCGGCCGAGCUCGGCAGCAACAACUUAGAGCUGGUAGACCCAGCAGCAUCAGCGACCCGCGUAGACGUGGGUCCCCACCCGGAGGCGGCUACAGAGGGCUCCGCAUCCCCAUCGUCGCGGGAGCCGGAGUCGGAGCCUCCUCGGGCUUCGAUGUCUGAGUGCAAAGUCCUGCUCACGCAGGCCGACGCCCUGGCGUCCGGGGGGCGCCUCCAGGAAGCCCUCGAAGUAUACAGACAGGUCUCGGAGCGGCAGCAGCUGGUGGCCGAGCAGCUGGAGCAGCUGGUAAGCUGCCUGGCCGAGAACGUCCCGCAGCGUGAGGCGCUAGCGUCCCCGGACGGCGGCAGUGCGACGGGCUGCGCGGUGGCGGCGGAAGAAGCAGGGUCGGCAGCGGCCACCGAGGUAUGGGACGGCUUUAAGUGCCGGAAGUGCCAUGGAUUUCUGUCAAACCCCGUGUCCUUGUCGUGCGGCCACACCUUUUGUAAACUGUGCUUGGAACGCGGGCGGGCGGCCGACCGGCGCUGUGCGUUGUGUGGGGUCAAGUUCUCCGCCUUGAUGGUGGCCACAGGGCGGGGGUGCGGGACCCGGCGGGCUGGGCAACAGGCCCCACCGCCGCUGCGGGUCAACGUGGUGCUCAGCGGCCUCCUGGACAAGUUGUUCCCCGGCCCGGCGCGGGCGUCGCAACUCCGGCACGAGGGCAACCGGCUGUACCGCGAGCGCCAGAUGGAGGCAGCGCUGCUCAAGUACAACGAGGCAGUUCGUCUAGCUCCAAAUGACCACUUGCUUUAUAGCAACCGAUCUCAAAUUUAUUUCACCUUGGAGUCUCAUGAGGAUGCUCUGCAUGAUGCAGAAAUAGCAUGUAAGCUCUGCCCAAAGGGUUUUAAGGCACACUUCCGCAAAGCGCAAGCCCUAGCCACCCUAGGCAAGGUAGACGAAGCACUAAGGGAAUUUCUAUAUUGUGUAUCCCUCAAUGGAAAGAACAAGAGAGCAAGAUCUGAAGCACAAAGGGAGAAUCUGGAGCUACCACAUUGUUCUAGUCAGGAGGAAGCAGCAGCCAGGGAAGACUGCAGCAGCCUGUUGAAGCCAACUAAAAUCAAGGUGGAUGGUCAACAAGACAACAUGAAUGACCAGACUGCCUCUCCAGAAUCUGUCUCCCCCAAGACUGGCAAAUGCCAGGAAAAGAAAAGGAAACAUUGCCAAAUUGAACCUGAAGGUCCAGAGGUGCCUAAUAAAGCCUCCGAGCAAGAUCCUCCCACUGAUCAGGGGGCCAAACCUGCUCUCAGUAUUCCAUUCACAGCUUUUGACGCAUCUGACCUUGAAUGUUCACUCUGUAUGAGAUUAUUUUAUGAGCCAGUCACAACACCCUGUGGGCAUACCUUUUGCUUAAAAUGCUUUGAAAGAUGCCUAGAUCACAAUGCGAAGUGUCCUCUGUGCAAAGAUGGACUUUCACAGUGUUUGGCAUCAAGAAAAUACAGCAAAAAUAUUAUAAUGGAGGAGCUAAUAGCUAAAUUCCUUCCAGAAGAACUCAAUGAACGAAGAAGGCUUCAUGAAGAGGAAAUGGAAGAACUUUCUAACUUAAAUAAGAACGUGCCUAUUUUCGUGUGUACUAUGGCCUAUCCCACCGUUCCUUGUCCCCUGCACAUCUUUGAGCCUUGUUACCGUUUGAUGAUUCGUAGAUGCAUUGAAACAGGCACAAGGCAGUUUGGCAUGUGCCUUGGAGAUUCUGUCAAAGGGUUUGUGGAAUAUGGCUGCAUCCUAGAGAUUAGAAAUGUUCAAUUCUUUGCUGAUGGCCGCUCAGUGGUUGAUAGCAUCGGCAAGAGGCGCUUCAAGGUGCUCCAUCAGGGCCAGCGGGAUGGUUACAAUACUGCUGACAUUGAAUACAUUGAAGAUCAAAAGGUCCACGGAGAGGAUUUUGCUGAGCUCAUAGGAUUACAUAAUUGUGUUUAUGAACAAGCAUCGUUGUGGUUUCAUUCACUCAAAUCAUCUCUGAAAAAUCGGAUACUCAAUCACUUUGGUCCAAUGCCAGAGAAAGAUGCUGACCCCCAGAACAAGGCUGAAGGCAUUAUUUUUCUAGAAUGAAGAGCUGAAUCAGAGGGAAGUAUCUUUUAUUGCAUUAUAGACAUUUAUUUGAGCAAUCUAAAUAUAUGUGUAUCUAUUUUUUUCCCAGUGCAGUUAGCAAUGGGAUUUUAGGCAGGAUAAUUUUUUAACCCUUCAGAGGGAAUGUUUUUCAGUUUGGCACAUCACAGCCAUGCCCAAGUAGCCUCCACACCCUACCUCUUCUCAGGGUUCUGAAGAUCAAGACCUGGGUUAGCAUGGGGGAAAUACUUUAAGAAGGACUGGGCUUACUAGUGUAAAGAAGCUAAAUAGAGUAGAGCCCUUUAAAUGUGUUUUUAAGCAACCAGACAGUUAAUCCAUGUUCUGAUCCAAACACUGCCUUUCCUCCUGGUUACAAGGGGCCAAAGAUUUCGGUAUUGUGGAAGAACAAAGAGGAAAGAGGUAAGAGUAAGCACUUGCUUAGUUUGCUUAGUGCUCAUUUUGAUUCCUUCAGUGUCAGGAGAACCUGAAAAAUACCCCAAAUAUGGGAGCAUUACAGUGACAAAGUAAAAAGAUCAGGGCAGGAAAGAAGUGAAUUGUGCUGUUUGUACCUUGACUCUCAUCUGAUGUUGGACAGCUACAGCGGCGGGAUUCACUUGCAGCCAGUCAUUCUACUAAGCUGAGGGGUUAAUGCCUCAAGUAAUCUGUCUAACUUAUUCCAUCACCACCUGGAGCCAGAAACAGAAAAGUGAGAGUGAGAUGAUUCAAAGUAUAUAAAACAGAUGCAUGUAAGCAAAAACCAAAUGAUCUUUUCUAUACUUACUUAAUGGAUGCCAUGUUGUCAGAGCAUUAUGUUACAGGGUUUGAUGUUGGGGCCAGCCUGGGCUAUUGAAGAAUGAAAGUAGAUGAUGUACAGGUGUGGUUGCUGCCCAAGUACACUCUCAAGGCUCAGGGACCAGGAAAUUAAAGGUACUCUCUCCUACCUGGUGCCCAACCAUGUGGUCACAAUAGUCCUAGUAUAAUAGUUUGCUAUUAUCUAGUAUAAAUGCAAUAAAGGAAAGGGUCAUAAGCUUCUCCACUUACUAUAUGUGUCUUUUGGCAUAUGGCUUAACUUUUUCUAAGCUCCAAUACCUCAUCUAUAAAAUGGUAGUGAUAAAUACUACAUAUUGUGUCAUUCGGAACAUUCAAUGAGAUAGUAUAUAUAUAUAUCGCUUUAACAGUGCCUAGCACAUAGGUAACACUCAAAAAAUGAUAGCUGUUAUUAGAUUAUUCAUAGUUAUAGAAUAUCUCCAGGAGCCCACAUUUCUAUAAAACACUGCCUUUACACACAAUACCCACUUCCAACCCCUUUAAACUUGGUUGGGGAAAUCCACACCACUGAUUUUUCAGACCAAAACUUGAUGAUUGACAGGUAAUUACUUUCAGGGUCAAGUCUGUUUGGGAAAGUGAAAAGACUGGAGAACUAAUGAGGGUUAGAAGAGGAACACAUCCUGUGCUAGCAAGCUUUCCCCAUCCCAAUGGGACUAAAAAUUAGUUUGGGUUGGAGGUCUAGAAUUUCUGAUAGAGUGGAAGCCUUAAUUUAUAGCUCCAUUGGAAUAACCAACUCAUCACUCCCUACUUUCCAUGUAUUGAGGUUCUUGGCCAAGCCAGGGUGAAUGGAUUUUACAACUUACAACUUGCUAAGUUCAUGGCAUUUUCUUAAUGCUGCCCAAAAGAUUUAAUAAACAAAAUGUAUUGAGAACAUACUAUGUACCAAGUACUGAACAAGGUGAUUUCACAUACAUGAGCUCAUUGAAUCAUUUAUUUCUCACAACAACCCUAUAAGAACAGUUAUUAUCCCCAAAUUAUGGAUGAAAAAACUGAGGCUCCACAAUGUUAAAUACUUUGCCCAGGUUAACAGUAAGCCAGUAAGUGGCCAACUUUGGUUUUGAACCUGUUCCUUGGCAGAUUUUUUAACAUUUGUAAGUAGUUUACAUUACACAUAAUUUUAAUGAACAGGCAUAGUCAUCAAAUCACAAAAGCAUUCUCCAGAAGCUCACAAUGGUAAGUUGGGGGUUAAGUAAAUUAACCCCAACAUUUCUCCUUAAUCUAAGUAGAAAGGGAGGUUUGAUUUCUGAAUAAAAUUCCACAUCAUAGAAUGUUCACCUUGAAAAGUGAGUAACCAACAUCAGCAAAUGUAAAUCUUCACUAGGCAGAAUUAUACUUUAGUCUCAGUAGCCUAGAUACACAUUUGGGUUGUUUAACAGUAAUUUCAUUAGUUGCAUGAGGCAGGAUGCAAGGCUAAACCUUGGCUUUCUUUGAGGUGUACUUGAAUGGGGUGAUCGAUUGGACAUGACCAUUUUUACCACUUGUAGGUGGGUUUUGCUGCACAACUUGGGAAUGAAGAGUAUACAGAGAAAAGACACAAAGCUAAAUCUAGGCCAGAACAACAAGACUCCCCCAGUGUUAGAUGGUGCCAUUUAUUGGUUAUGUUUCCUGUCUACUGUAUCUGAUCAAGUCUUUUCCUAGCAGGUUAUUUUCUGUAUAUAUAUAAACCAGGUACCAGGCAGAUAUCAUGCCUUUCUGCUCUGUACCAUACUACUGCUGCUAGCUAAUAACCAGCAAAAUGUAGAAAAUGAAAAAUAAAAAAAUGAGUUUUCUGUAGAUCACUUGGAGAAAAAAAGUGUUUGCUCCUGACUUAGGGGGACAGAGAAUUGACUAUUUCAACAGUUUUCCUUUUCUGAAGGCUGUUCUAGCCUUGUGCUGCCUCAGCAGCAAGGGGCUAAUCGAGUCUGCACAUGUAGUGCUUCCAGCUCUGCAUAUGGAGCUGGCCUGGGCUCAGAUAAUCCCCUGUGACUGGCCACUGGAGCAGUGGUGCUCCUGAGGCUGGUUCACAGCUCCCAGAGGUCUCUUACUGUCAGCAGACUGCAUACUGUUGAUGGACUGAAAUACAGUGGGGACUGUGUUCCCCCACCCCAACUCCAUUUCUGAGAUGGGAGUUUCAUUCAGGGACUCAUUUCUUGAGUCCCCAACAUGUUGACUUUGCAUCCAUUUCUGUUUACCAAGGCAGAAUCAUAGUAGAGGUGUAAAACAGAGAUAUAAAUGGAAGGCAGCCCAAAUUGGACAAAGGCUGACUUUCAGUCAAUUCUUGAGCCUGAGAAAUGAGGUUUUGAUUUAUGAUUAAAGAUGGUUGUGGAAAGCAGCCAACUGCAUGGGCUCCAAUUUGUACCCCUUCCUGAAUGAAGAGAAAAGGAAGGAAAAAGAGCCAUGUAAAAUGUACACAUUCAAUUCAUUUUAGAAUGAUCACUCCAACUUGUUACACUGUUCAACUGUUUAAUCAUCUGGGUUCUGCACAUUCAGAGGUGAAAUGAAGGAAUAGUCAUUUACAAAUGGGUAUUUCCAAAUAUGUUUAGUUAACUUUCAGAGAGAAGUGCCUGUAAUCUCUGUACCUGGUUGUCAUUUUAAAGCUUUUGCUCCAUGAUUAUGUAGCCAUUUAAAAAUUCUUUGCUGCAAACAUGAUUAACAGAAGUUUACAAAGCAGCACUGUAGCUUAUGCAUCAUUUUAAAAGUUGAUUAACACUUAUCUAUUAUCAAAGCAACAAUAAAUAAUAACAACAAAAGAGAAAAUAGGUCAAUGAGGCACCAUAGGCUUAUCUUAGAUAAACUAGUUCCAUCGUUUUGUGUAGUUCUCAGUAAUGCCAGGAUUAAAAUAUCAAGCAAGCCAUUUAACCAGUGGCAAAUGUGUAUUGUGUUAUUCCAUUUGUUAAGCAGUCAUUUUACUCUUACACUGUAAUGAACUGAAGGGGAAUUAAGAUAAUGCUUUUCCGCCCCCAUAUUGCUAUUCAACUACCUCUAUAGGCUUGAUUUCUUUUUAGGCUUUUCCUUCCUCCAAAUCUGUACAAAAAUUUUUUCAGCUCAUCUAUGUUGUAAUAACAAUGUGAUAUAGACAGUCUCUGUGAAAAGUUUGUUCAUUAAAAAUGUUUCCAAUUGUCUCAACUUUGUAUCUAACAAAACUGUACUCGUACUUUAGGGCAAGAAUUACCCAAAUAGC